CCCCUCAUUAGUUACUACGCACAACAAACCGUUUUUUAAUUGAAUAUGGCUUCUCCUUUAGCCAAAUGUCUUUGUGCCGCCAUGCUCAUUCUGACUACUCUCUGGGCUUCCCAUGUGAGCGCUCGCGAGCUCAGCGAUAUGUCCAUGGUGGAAAGGCAUGAGGAGUGGAUGGCAGAGAAUGGCCGUGUCUACAAAGACGCGGCUGAGAAAGCGCGACGGUUUGAAAUAUUUAAGUCUAAUGCGCAGCUCGUCGAUUCCUUCAAUGCAGGGAACCAUAAAUACUGGCUCGGCACUAACAAAUUUGCCGAUCUUACCAACGAUGAGUUUAAAGCCACGAGAACUGGCUUUAGAACGUCAAAAACAACUAACACUGUGAAGAUCUCGAAGAGGUUCAAGUACGAGAAUGUUAGUGCUGUGCCUGCAAGCAUGGAUUGGAGGACUAGAGGCGUUGUCACCCCAGUCAAGGAUCAAGGCCAAUGCGGGUGUUGUUGGGCUUUCUCCGCCGUAGCAGCUAUGGAAGGAAUCACCAAACUGACCACCGGUAAGCUGAUUUCCCUGUCGGAGCAAGAGCUGGUGGACUGCGAUGUCGAGGGAGAGGACCAGGGCUGCGAGGGCGGCCUCAUGGAUGACGCCUUCGGCUUCAUCAUUUCCAAGGGCGGCCUCACCACCGAAUCCAACUACCCCUACCGAGCCAUGGACGGCAAUUGCGACGCAAAGAAGUCCGCCUCCAUAGCUGCCAGCAUCCGCGGUUACGAGGACGUGCCUGCCAACAAUGAAGCCGCCCUCCUGACGGCAGUGUCCCAACAACCAGUGUCCGUAGCCAUCGAUGGCGGCGACUAUCCCUUCCAACUAUACAGCGGUGGAGUCUUCACCGGCGAUUGUGGGACGGAACUAGACCAUGCGGUCACCGCAAUAGGCUACGGCACAACGAGUGACGGAACCAAGUAUUGGUUACUGAAGAAUUCGUGGGGAACGACUUGGGGUGAGAACGGAUACAUGAGGAUAGAGAGAGACGUGGCGGCUAAGGAGGGGACCUGUGGCCUUGCCAUGGAGCCCUCUUACCCUACCGCCUGAAAGAAGAAUGGAAUUAAUACAUAUAUAUGCAUGUAUGUGCGCGCGGUACAGAUGCAUGUUAUAUAUAGUCUAAGAAGGAAGAAGUUGCUGGAACCUGAUCUAUUGCAUAUAUGUAGUGUAAUUAACUUUGCAGUCAAUUAAUGCUUGUAAUCCUCGUAUUUGUCAAAUUCUAGCUCUCAGUUCAAUAAUCAUUAUCAAUCCUAUAUUAGUGGCAUAUAAAUACCCAAACAGAAAUAGGUUGGGUUAAAUUAAUUGUAAACAUGUUCUGUAUUGAGGUGCAUGUUUCUUCGGAGUUGGGUUGGGACACGAA